AUGGAUAAAUUCCAGAAUGUCCUGCGUUUCUUCAUGAACCAGAAAGCCACAAUUGGCUACAGUUUUAUGGCUCUCCUGACGAUAGGCGGGGAGAGAGUCUUCUCCAUGGUCUCCUUUCAGUGUCCAUGCAACCACGACCAGAACUUUGCCUAUGGAAUCACAUUCCUGCUCGGACCCGCUGCUGUGCUUCUGGUUUUGGGUCUGUUCUUCAGUGCUAGGUUGUGGAGGCUUUACACUGGUUGCUGCCUCAAUCCCAUGAAACUGUGUCCGCGCGGAAGAUGCUUCGGAUGUGUUCGAGUGUUGAUGAGCAUCUUUACAGGGGCUUGUGUAGCUCCUAUUAUGUGGCUCUCCGUUGCCCUGCUCAACGGGACAUUUUAUGAGUGCGCUGUCAGCGGUCUCAAUGACAACCUGGUGGUGGAUCUGUUCUGUAAGAACAAGACCAUGAAGUGUCGGGAGGAGUUAGCCAGAGUUCCCUGUGGCAGGUCCAAGCUAACUGAAGAAGACCGCAUGGAUCUGCUGCUGAUGUUCAGGGCCCAAUCUCAGAUUCUGGGCUGGUGGAUCAUCAUCAUCGCAGCCACGUUUGGGCUCAUUGGUACUUGCUACACCAACUGCCGUUCCCAAGUCAGCUACUUGCAGCUCACAUUCUGGAAACGCUACGUGGAAAAAGAAAGAGAGCACUUUGACACCUACAGUGUGGAGUAUGCCUCCAAACUGGCUGAAAGAAACCUAAAAAGUUUCUUUGAGAACAAGGAUCCUGAACUGUUCCCUUUCCCCAACCACAAGGCAUGGGAGGAGAUUUCUACACUCUACACCUUUUCAAGGAGCGAACAAUAUUACAGUACCCUACACCAUUACGUGGAGAGAGUAGACAGGGACUUUGCACCAGAGAAGAGACCUGUCAUGGACAUGGAGCAUGGAAUUGAAAUGACAUAG